AUGGACGAUGUAUUUAUGGAAGAACCAUGGGGCGAGUUUGGAGCAGAGGAAACAAUAGAGAUGGAAGAAGGGCCCAACGCACCAUAUUGGGGGGAGGAAUACGAGGAAGGGCCAGUGAUGGAAGGACCCAACGCACCAUAUUGGGAGGAGGAAUACGAGGAAGAGCCAGUGAUGGAUCAUCAACACUACCAACACGAAGAUGACGAGUGGAUCGAAAUUGUUGAAACGGACGAAGGAUUCGACACAGAGCCUCGCAAAGUGUCGCCUUCACCAGAACCACCAUAUGAUGACUUGGAAGAGCCGUUUUGGGAUUACAAAGAGGAAGAUCAAAAAAGAGUGGAUGAUGCCCAAAAGGUUGUGGAUGAACAUUUAAAUGGGCCUGAAGAGUAUGAAGAGGAUGAAGAGCCAUGGCCUCAACAAUCUGAUGUACAAGCAGCAAAGAAGAAGAAGAAGGGAAAAGAAUAUGCUGAUAAACAUAGAAAGAAGAAACUCAAAGCACCCAUGCCUCAUACUUCAGUACAUUCUCCUACCGCAACCGCUGCUACCCCAGUGCCUGUGUCCUCUGCUCCAGUUGCAACGGUUACUGUUACUUCGUCUCCACCACCACAUCCACCUCCUCCACGGCAACAACCUCCUCCAACGCAGCCUCCUCAACAACCAGCACCAGCACCAGCACCAGCGCCAGGCCAAGCAGCUCGAUCGACUGCUACAGGUUCAGCCUCCAUGCCCACAGUUGGUGUUGAAAAACCCCCUCUUGCUGGCCAACCUGGAAUUCCCGUACCUCCACCUGAUAUGGCAGCCAACAUGCCUGCUCUGGGUUAUUCACAAGAUUUAGGCGGUUUGGGUCAAAUUGGCGUCUUUUCCAGCGAUGGCGUUGGAUUCUCGCACCUAAACCAUGGCAUGGACUCAUUUACUAUUCUACUGACAUUUUUAUUUGUAGUGUUUUAUACUCGUAUUUCAUAG